AUGGCGCCGGGUCCGCGCAUGCGCACCACGCUGACCCGGGCGGGCGGCGCAGCCGCUCCAGUGGUAGCCCCAUACAUCUCAGCAGCGAGCCCGCGCCGCGCCGCGCGUCUGUGCCGGGGUUUCGGCCGCGUGGCUCCGCCCUGCCGGCGUCUGGGGCGAGGAGGGUGCGGUUUCCGCGCCCGGUCAGCGGGGUCUGGGCCUGGCGGGUCCUCCCCUGCCCCUUUGGCCGGGAGGCUCGGAGCCCCACCCGGCCUGAGCCCCGCUCUAACUCUGCCAGACCCAGAGCCCACGGGCUGGAGGUGCCUCCCUGUGUCUAGCCGAGGAAAAAAGCUGUGCAGGAACUCGGUCCUGCCCUGCCGUCCGUUGGUAAACCCCCCUCGGGAAAUCCACUGCCGUUGCUUUUGUUCUGGAACCAUGAUAACGCAGCUAUUAUUCGGUCAUCGCAGAACUCGGAGUCGGAAGCAGAAAGAUCAUGAGUUCGAGACCAGUCUUAAGAGUGCUUCAGGAGCCGAGAGGAUUUUUUACUCCCCCUUCUGUCCUCUGCCACCUCCGUUGUCAGCUACGAUUUCCUCAUCUGAGAAGGUGUUUAGACUUCAAAGAAUCCAAAAUUCUGAAACAUCUCAUUUCCCUGAGUAGACUAAAUUAUAAAAACUUGUAGCAGAGCCCCCUAGUGGUUGUAAGGGAGCUCAACUGUUACAACUAAACACUACAAUUAAUUUUUGCCUUGAUAGAAACCUAAGAAUAUUGUAUAUAUUUGUGCCCACACGACUUAAAAUACUUUUUAUCACACUCUGCCUAACCUCAAGAAACUUAACAAUAAUCGAACAGAGAACAAGUUAGAAAGGUCUGAUAAUUUCUUUGAAAGAUAGGGAGUCGGUAAUGCUUCUUCUGUGCCGAAGCUUGACCCCUGGGCCUGUGCAUGCCUAGUAUGUGCCCUGCGAACUGUGCGUGCCGAGUGUGUGCGCUGUGGACUGUGCGUGCCGAGUGUGUGCCCUGCGGACUGUGCGUGCCGAGUGUGUGCAUUGCGAACGGCCCGUGGCCCAGCCAGGUUGUGGUGUGUGUUUAUGCUUAGGCAGGCUCUCAUUAUACAACCCAGGUCGACCACCAACCGAAACUUUUCUGACUCAGCCUCCCUAAGGCUCAGACUAUGGAUAGACACCACCACACAAGGCUCAGGUUUAUGAAUUUUUUAGUGCAAGUAAUUAUUUGAGGGCAAAUCCCACUUUUGGAAUUCAUUCUAAUAGAAUAACACCUUAACAACAUUCUAGAGAGCCGAAAGGAUGUAGCUGGUGAUACCUGAAUAACUUCAUGAGUAGGCUCAUAGCAGUGUUCAUGUCUUAGCUUUGGCAAUGCUCCGCAGUAAUUUACAAUGUUCGCAUUACCAGAAGGUGAGUAAAGAACAUACAGAAAUCUCUACUAUCUUUGCAGCUUAUCUGUAAGGCAGUCAUUCUGAACUGGGCUUGGCGCCUUACUCCCAGAACCCCAACUACUUGGGAAGCUAGGGCCAGAGGUCAGCCUAGAGGAAGAAAAACAGCUGAUCAAGAGAAUGGUAUCUCUGGUCUGGGUGGAGACCCGCCGGUCCAGCUGGGCUAGUUGAAUCAGCUAGGGGACCACCUUCCGCCUACUAAAGAGAGAGAUGGCAUGAUUAGUUCUUUAAUGAUGUGCUGUACUUUUCCUUCCCAGAGUCUCCGCCCCUCGUGCAGCUCAGCAUCUGAGCUUUGUAUGGUUGUCAGUCUGCCCACAUUUCUGAAUUACUCAGAAAAGUUUACUUUUACUGUUUGCUAAGCAUGCUUUUCCUUAAUGCUUGGGCUUUUCCCCCCAACAUUUUGGGCUUCCUUAACUCUUUUUAUACAGCUUCUCACUGUAUGACUGUUUAUUUUUCAUGUGUCUGACCUUUAUGUCACCUUAAAUGGCUUCCUCCCCUCCCCAUCUCCUCCAGCCAACUGCUGAAGUGUAGAGCUCACCUGGCUUGGGUUUUUAUUUUCUUUAUCUGUUUGUUCUUGAGAAAGGGUCUCACUGGAGCUUUGGCAAGCCUGGAGCCUAGUGGUAGACCAGGCUGACCUCAGAAAAGACCCAUCUCGUGCCAGGUGGUGGUGAUGCCUGCCUUUAAUCCCAGUACUCGGGAGGCAAAGGCAGGCAGAUUUCUGUGAGUCUGAAGCCAGACUGGUCUACAGAGCAAGUUCCAGGACAGGUAGGAGUGUUUCACAGAGACACCCUAUCUGGAAAAGCCAAGAGAGAGAGAGAGA